AUGUCUCUGCUGAUCAGAAAGUGAUUCAAUUCAACCACACUUGAUUGAGUAGCUGAUGAUCCUGUGGCGGCGUUUACACUGGAGGGAUUCCAUUUGUUAACUCUUGAAUUCUUUAAUUUUUGGCGAUGAGAGGCCAAAGACAAAGACUCUCUUUCUGGUUUCACAGCUCUGUAAGGGAUAAAAAACUGAGAAACCCCAGAAAAUUACAUGAGCCAUGAACUAAAAAAUAUCAUGUCUAAAAACCCACAAAGACAAACCUUUUCAAGAUAAAAUACCAACAUCAUUUCUAACACCUCAACCACCCACCUAGACAAGCAUCUUCCUUGUACUGUAGUAGUAUAAAAGAAGACAAGAGGUUUGUCAAGCUGAAGAAGAUCAAGAAGAAGAUUUUGGAAACAGGAAAUUAUUGGGUUUUAUACAAGUGUUGAAUGAAUGAUGAUGUCAAGGCAGGGAGGAUUUGGAGGCACAAGGUGUCAAGACUGUGGAAACCAAGCUAAGAAAGAUUGUGAUUACAUGAGGUGCAGGACUUGUUGUAGGAGCAAAGGAUUUGAAUGCCAAACUCACAUCAAAAGCACUUGGGUUCCUGCAUAUAGAAGGCGUCAGAGGCACCAACAAUUCUCUUCUGUUUCACAACAGCACCUCCCAUUACAGAACCCUAAAAGGCUUAGGGAAAAUCCUUCUUCAGGGUUAGAAGUGGGAAAUUUUCCGGCUGAAGUGACUUCGCCGGCAACAUUUCGUUGUGUUCGAGUGAGCUCCAUUGAAGAUGCAGCUGAUCAGUAUGCUUAUCGGACGGCUGUGAGUAUUGGAGGGCAUGUGUUUAAGGGUAUUCUCUAUGAUGAAGGCCCUGAUCAAGGUCAUUACUCACUAGGCGAAUGCUCCUCUCGAGAGACACAGCCGCAGCCAAAUCAAAUCAAUGCUACUGCUCUAACAAUGGCUACUAGCCCUACAACUUCGACUUGGAUUGCUGCGGAAACUCUUUUUCCUUUGGCAUAUGCAUCUCCCUUUAAUGCUUUCACGUCGGCUGGUACGCAAUUUUUCCUCCACCCAAAAUCUUAA